AUGCCAGCUGCACCUGUUAAACAGCACAGCCCAAUUACAAUCACUGUGACUACCAAAGGUUCUGCAUCACUUGCCCAUCAACAAUAUGAUCCAAAGGCAAUCACUGACAAAAACAACGGAGGAAGUGGUAAAACAUUUUUGUAUCGUGCUUUAUUGGCCACGGUAAGAUCUAAAGGUUUCAUAGCUUUGGCGACAGCAACUUCUGGUGUUGCGGCAUCUAUACUUCCUGGAGGACGAACAACCCAUUCACGUUUCAAAAUUCCAAUUAAUAUUGACGAGCAGUUCUCCUGUAACAUCAGUAAGCAAAGCUCUCUCGCAUCUUUAAUUCGUGAUGCAAAAUUAAUUGUAUGGGAUGAGGUAUCAAUGUCAAAAAAAAAUAUGAUUGAAGCUCUUGAUUUGCUUAUGAAAGACCUAACUGAAACAAAUAUACUCUUUGGUGGAAAAGUCAUAGUGUUUGGAGGUGAUUUUAGGCAAACGCUUCCUGUUGUCCGAAGUGGAAAAAAGGAAGACUUUAUUUCUGAAAGUAUUUUAAACUCCAGAAUUUGGAAUCAACUUGAAAAAUUGAGACUAUCAGAAAAUAUGCGUGCAAGGACUGAUCCUGUUUUUUGUGAAUAUCUUAUGAGAAUUGGGAAUGGAAAAGAAAAAACAAAUAUUAACAAUAAAAUAGAAAUCCCAAAGCAGUUCAUCAUUCCUUUUACUACUGAAAAAGAGUCAUUAGAUCUUUUGUUCAAAGUGAUAUAUCCGAAUUUACAUACAUCUUUCAAUGACUCUUCUUUUAUGACAUCUCGUGUUAUCUUGACUACAAAGAACGACUUUGUUGAUGAACUAAAUGAUAGACUCAUAACUCAAUUUCCAACAGUUGCUAAAAUAUUCAUAGCUGCUGAUGAGACUAUUGAACCAAACGAUCAACCUCAAUUUGAGGACUUCUUACACACUCUAAAUGUUCCUAGCUUACCUCCGUACAGAUUAGUGUUAAAGCAAAACUGCCCUGUUAUAUUAUUGCGAAAUUUAAAUCCUUCUGAAGGCUUAUGUAACGGUACACGAUUGGUGUGCUGUGAUUUCAAAACACAUGUUAUAAGUUGUAAAAUUGCAAGUGGUGACUUCAAAGAUAAGCACGUAUUUAUUCCAAGAAUACCAUUACUAUCAUCAGAGGAUGAAAAAAUACCUAUUCCUUUUAAAAGAACACAGUUUCCUAUACGUCUAUGCUUUGCAAUGACUAUAAAUAAAGCACAAGGACAAACAUUAGAUUAUGUUGGUAUCUAUUUACGUGAACCAGUUUUUUCCCAUGGUCAAUUAUAUGGUGCUUUAUCAAGAGCGAAAAGUUCAAACUGUAUAAAAAUAUUGAUUCGACCUCCUACUGCAGAUAAUGAUGAUGACCACUCAACUUGUAAUGUAGUAUACAAUGAGAUCAUUCAAAAAGCUUUGUUAUGA